UCGACUGCAGAGCAAUACCCUCCUCUCGCACUGACACUCCGUUUCUCUACGGAUUUUUGUGGAUUCAAUUUGGGACAAUUGUUUUCUUCUAUCAGCCCCUCCAACAUAGUCAAUAUCCGCCAUGGUCCUUCAGGAUCUCGGGCGGCGAAUCAACGCCGCCGUCAAUGAUUUGACACGCUCUAGCAAUCUGGAUGAGAAAGCCUUUGAUGACAUGUUAAAAGAGAUCUGUGCCGCAUUGCUAUCUGCUGAUGUCAACGUUCGCCUCGUCCAGACCCUCCGGAAAUCCAUCAAAUCCAGCGUGAACUUCUCCUCGUUGCCACCUGCCGUCAACAAGAAGCGCUUGAUUCAAAAGGCCGUUUUCGAUGAAUUGGUAGCGCUGGUCGAUCCGCAUGCAGAGCCAUUCCGCCCGAAGAAAGGACGAUCCAAUGUGAUCAUGUUUGUGGGGUUGCAGGGUGCGGGAAAGACGACAACGUGUACUAAGCUGGCGCGACAUUAUCAGAUGCGCGGAUUCAAAACAGCACUUGUCUGUGCGGAUACUUUCCGUGCGGGUGCCUUUGACCAGUUGAAGCAGAAUGCCACCAAGGCCAAGAUCCCGUAUUAUGGUAGUUUGAUACAGACGGACCCCGCUGUGGUGGCAGCCGAGGGUGUCGCCAAGUUCAAGAAGGAACGCUUCGAGGUUAUCAUCGUGGAUACCAGUGGUCGACACAAGCAGGAAGAGGAGCUUUUCACUGAAAUGACACAGAUCCAGAACGCCGUUACUCCGGACCAGACGAUCCUUGUCCUCGAUAGUACCAUCGGUCAGGCGGCCGAGACUCAGUCAGCAGCCUUUAAGGCUACUGCUGACUUUGGUGCCAUUAUUAUCACGAAGACAGACGGCCAUGCCGCCGGUGGUGGUGCCAUUUCCGCUGUUGCAGCGACGCACACGCCGAUCAUCUUCCUGGGUACGGGAGAGCACUUGAUGGACCUGGAACGCUUCGAGCCCAAGGCUUUCGUUCAGAAGCUGCUUGGGAUGGGCGAUAUGGCCGGUCUCGUGGAGCAUGUGCAGGCGGUGACCAAGGACUCGGCUGCCGCUAAGGAAACAUACAAGCAUAUCGCGGAGGGUAUCUACACGCUGCGAGAUUUUCGUGAGAAUAUCACCUCGAUCAUGAAGAUGGGUCCCCUUUCAAAACUCUCCGGCAUGAUUCCCGGACUGUCCAACCUGACUGCUGGCUUGGACGACGAAGAUGGGUCGCUCAAGCUUCGCCGUAUGGUGUAUAUCUUCGACAGCAUGACCGCCGCCGAGCUGGACAGCGAUGGCAAGAUAUUCGUAGAACAACCGAGCCGUAUGGUCCGCAUCGCUUGCGGCAGUGGCACGACCGUCCGCGAAGUUGAGGAUCUCCUCUCUCAGCACCGCAUGAUGGCCGGCAUGGCCAAGAGAGUCGGCGGGCAGAAGAAACAAAUGCAGCGCGCGCAAAAUAUGCUCAAGGGCGGUAACAAGGAGCAGCAGCUGGCGGCCAUGCAGAAGCGGAUGGCGGCCAUGGGUGGUGCUGGUGCGGGCGGUCUUCCCGGAAUGGGCGACAUGGCAAAGAUGAUGCAGAUGCUGCAGGGUCAAGGCGGCGGUGGUAUGCCUGGGCUCGGGGAAUGGACUUGCAGAGCAUGAUGAGCCAAAUGAGUGGUUUGAUGGGUGGAGGACGAGGACGAGGACGGUGAUGUUUUGCCAUUUUUUUUCUUCUUCGUUCCGAGAGUUACGGCUGUCUACGUUUAUGCAUUCUUCUUUCUAUGUUCCCUGGAUGGUUACUUUCACGCUUAUGCGGUGCCUUGGGUGGUUGAUCUGUAGCUCGGAUCAGUCGAGCAUUUGUACGGCGUUGGGCGUGCCUUUCUAUUUCGAUCAUUCGGGGAUGACCUUAACAUAUGACAGUACUUUUUUGACAUUUGACACUGUAUAGCUCAGAGGAAGACGUGAAUGCGAGUGAGAUGAGAUAAUUAAAAUUUUCAAACUCCAGUACAAAGC